GCUGAGUACUCCGUGAUUGGCUGAGAGUCGAUAACUGAGGCUCUGAUUGGCCAGAAUCCGUUGAAACAGGAAGUGAAAGUACAGCACGAGUCAGUGACAAUCAACAGUCCUAAUUUUGUUGCCUCCAUGGAGCCUCCUAUGUUCCCCCGAGAGUCCGGCCAGUUUGUAGCAGAGCGGAGUCAGGAUGUGUUCGUGGAGGAAGAAGGUGUGCGGAAGGUGGCAGAGAUGCUUUAUGCUCUGCGGGGUAGUGAUGAGCUGUGUGCCAGUGGCUGGAAGAAGGCCAACCCCCUGGCCCCUGCAGCCACCUCUGACCAGGCCUUCAACUGGGUGUUCGUAGUGGACACCGUGAACUUCUCCUUCUGGCCCGAUGAGGAGACACGGCAGUGCGAGGUGACCUUCCGAGGGAUCACGCACACAGGCUACAUGACCUUGUGCGCUGCCGUCACCAGAGCCAUGGAGGAAGGGGUGCCCAUUACAGACCCAAAGUUCUUCUCCCAGAUGACGGUGGAUGAGCUGGCCCACAUCCUUCGUUCUGACAAUGAAACGACCAUGCCCAUGAUUCAGGAGCGCCAUCAGGUACUGACUGAAGGCGGCCGUGUGCUGUUGCAACACGGUGGAAGCUUCCGGAGUUUCAUAAGCCAGGCCGGCAACGACGCCCGCAAGAUGGUGGAGCUCGUCGUGGAGAAUAUGCCCUCCUACCGAGACGAAGCCGUUUACCAGGGGAAGCGGAUCUCGUUGUACAAGAGGGCUCAGAUCCUGGUGGCAGAUUUCUGGGCCGUCGCGGCGGCCAGAGGCGAGGCGGACAUCGUCAACAUAGACUGGCUCACCAUGUUCGCGGACUACCGGGUCCCGCAGGCCCUCGUCUACCUGGGCGCGCUGCGAUACUCGGACGCUCUGAUGCGCACACUCAAAAGCGGCGAGCUGUUGCAUUCGGGUGACCGCAGGGAGGUGGAGAUCCGGGCGUGCUCCAUUUGGGCGGUGGAGUGCAUCAAGGCCCGUCUGGGCGAGCUGGCGCGGCAACAGGGCGGUGACGGCGGUGGCAUCAACUCGGUGCUCAUCGACUUCUACCUGUGGCCGUACGCCAAGAAGCACCACCGAGAGAUGGCCCACAUUCCCAUACACCACACGCGAUGUGUUUACUACUGACAAGCUGCAUGCCGACUGUGUCCCAGACUAAGCCAAGUGCCUGUAUGUACAUUAUUUCAAUAGUCCUUUUUCCUAUUAGUCAUACAGUGGAUGCCAAAAGUCUGCACACCCCUGUUCAAAUGCCAGUUUUUUAAUGGUAUAAAACAAGACUCAGAUAAGUUGCAAAACUUUUUCCAACCUUAAUGUGGCCUGUAACAUGUGCAACUUAUUUGAAAAAGUGUAGAACAAAUGAACUAUUUUAAUUGUUGAGUAUUUAUUAUUUCUCAUGGAUAGAUCUUUCGAAGUGCAAAAUUAACCCCAAAAUUUCAGGAGGAACCUAAAAGACAAUUUUUACCUUUGCAGGAGAACUUAAUUGGACCACUUUAAUCUUUUCACCUCACAUGCCAUGGUAAAUGAACGGACCAACAAAUUACCUGGUUCAAUUAGAAUACAAACCGUCAAGUCGUCUUCAUCGUGCUGUUGACAUUUUGAAAUAAUGAGACCAAGCCGCCAGCUAACAAUUGAUCUACGGUACCUUGCCAUUGCGAGGCUUUAAAUAAUAGAAUGUUCUAAGACUCUUGAGACUCAGAGGGAAGUGUCCACAACAGGCUGCGAAGAGAUACGUAGAGACUGGAGGAGUCACAGAAAGGCAGAAAAGUGGACGUCGUUGCAAAUGUAUUGGUCGAUUCAUGCAACCCUCAUAGUUUUGAUUUGAAAUAUAUCUUUUGUGACACCA